AUGAGCUUGUCAAAAUCAGAACGAGAGUCUAUUAUAUUAAAUGACGCCAGAGGAAUACAACAUCCUUUCUAUUACGUAAGUCAGAGUAAAGAUGGUAAAAUAUAUGUAAGAAAAAGAAAGGUUCCAUUAGCGAAUACAGAGAGCGACAACAUUAAGGUGCAUGGCACCGAGGGCGAAGCCUAUAUAAAACCUUCUAUUCAAACUGAAAAGUCAAUAGAACCAGAAGAAAAGAAGCCAGAUGUUCUUUCAAUAACGAACCAAGAGCUUAUUACAAAGUUCGUGAAUUUCAUUGAAAAGCAAACCGAGUCAAAGAACCCUGACCCACCAGUGAAAGAAGUUGAGACAAAAGAGAAUGUACAGUUCAUUGAAAAUGUCAAGAAACAACUUCCACCACGAAUGCCAAGAAGAAGAGUGAGAAUAAUGAAGUAA